AUGGCUGGACUAAAGCCCACAGAUGUACCUCCCACAGUUGCUGUCAAGGUCCUAGGGGCUGGCACUGCUGCCUGCUUUGCUGACCUCCUCACCUUCCCGUUGGACACGGCCAAAGUUCGCCUCCAGAUCCAAGGAGAAUCCCAGACAGAGCAGGCAAUUCAGAAGGUGCAAUACCGGGGAGUGCUGGGUACCAUCUGGACCAUGGUGAAGACUGAGGGCCCCACCAGCCUCUACAAUGGCCUAGUGGCUGGGCUGCACCGCCAAAUGAGCUUUGCCUCCAUCCGAAUUGGCCUCUAUGACUCCGUCAAGCAGUUUUACACCCCCAAGGGAGCAGAAAACUCCAGCAUCAUGAUUCGGAUCCUGGCAGGAUGCACAACAGGAGCCAUGGCCGUGACCUGUGCUCAACCCACAGAUGUGGUGAAGGUGCGUUUCCAGGCCAGUGUUCGACUGGGACCAGGAAGCAGCAGACAGUAUAGUGGGACAAUGGAUGCCUACAGGACAAUUGCCAAGGAGGAAGGGAUCAGGGGCCUAUGGAAAGGAACUUUGCCCAACAUCACCAGAAAUGCCAUUGUCAAUUGCGCUGAGAUGGUGACAUAUGACAUGAUAAAGGAGGCGCUGAUAGACCACCGUCUGAUGACGGACAACUUCCCUUGCCACUUUGUCUCAGCCUUUGCAGCCGGCUUCUGUGCCACAGUUGUGGCGUCCCCUGUGGAUGUUGUGAAGACCCGAUAUAUCAAUUCCCCUCCUGGCCGCUACAGUAGCACCAUGGACUGUAUGCUGAAGACUCUGAGGCAGGAAGGUCCUACAGCCUUCUACAAGGGAUUCACUCCCUCCUUUCUUCGUUUGGGAUCCUGGAAUGUGAUGAUGUUUGUGACUUAUGAACAGUUGAAACGGGCCCUGAUGAAACUCCAGAUGUCCUGGGAAUCUUCAUUUUAA